AUGUGGAGCACUAAGAUCCUGAUGUUCAUCUUGUGGGGUUUUCUUCUGUUUUCUGCAGUUCUGAGCUGUUUGACCACUGUUCCAGGUUUGAUCCAUCACUUUGGAUAUGAGGGACGAGAUGAACACAUCCAGUGUUCAUACCCUUUGGGAUAUGAGGGUUAUGAAAAGUACCUCUGUAAGAAUAACUGUGGUAACAAUGAUGUUCUUAUUAGUACAUUACAAAAGAAUACAACAAAAUAUCGCACCUAUGAUGAGAAAAGAAAAAGGGUUUUCAUAGCAAUCAUCUCUAAGCUUCAUCUUAAUGAUGCUGGUAAAUUCUGGUGUGGAGUGACCAGACCAGGAACAGAUAUCUACACUGAAGUAAAGCUGCAUGUAACCCAAGACAGGUGCUGUCAAACUGUGAGUAAAACCCAAAGUAUUGAAGAAGGUUCGGUGACCAUCAGUUGUCCCUAUGACUCUCAGUCCGCCAACAACCUGAAGUACCUCUGCAGAGGAAACCGGCCCUCCGUAUGUCUAAAGCAGGCAGUUAUCACCUCUAACAGCCCACAAGAAGGACGAUUCAGACUCACUGAUGACAGGAAAUCAAGAAUAUUCACAGUGACUAUUUCCAGACUGACCCUGAAGGAUUCAGGGUUAUAUCUCUGUGGAGUGAAGAGAACCUCAGAUUAUGACCUUUUUUCUGCUGUUGAAUUGGAUGUCAAAGGUAAACCGACACUAGUUUAUCAGCACAGGACCACUACAGUGGAAACAGACUUAACAACUUGGUUAAAUGUUUCUGAAAAAAAAAUUCAAGAUGAUGUUCUUUAUCCAUUGUGGGCUCUAUUUCCGAUUCUGCUGCUGAUAUUAAUAACUGUCCUGGUGAAAGUUCGCAAGAACCAUUGUCACAUGAUUAAAGAAACCAAGGUCAUCAUAAACACUCACAAACUGGAAGAAGCAGAUGAACAGGAAGAGAUGAAUAGCAAUGAGCUUUACGAAAACCAUGAAGCUGUGGUUGUGUACGCACAGCAGUGGACCUUCAAACAGCGGAGCAACAGUUAUCACUUUGAUGACAAAGACGAAAAUGAAGCAGAUUGUGAAAGUAUCACAGCACCUGAGGAAAUCUACUGCAACGAGGCCUUUCAUGUCUGUAAGAACCUUAGGGGCCUGAGGAUCCACCAGGCCAUGAUGGGCUGCAUAAAGAGGAAGCAAGUAGAGCAACGCACAGAGCCAGUGCCAAGCACUGAACCUGGUGACGGAGGAGGAGCAGGAACCUCCAUGCUCGACAUGCUACACCUAGCAAACCAUCAGUACAGUACGCGGAGUGGGACCAUGCGAUGCUCAGAGAAUGAGAUCAACCAGAGCCUUAGUGCUACAUACAGUGAUAGCAGGAGGGAGGAAAACCUGCCUACCUUCAGUGAGCUACCCACACCUCCAAUACCCUCUGUCCAAUUUGACAUCAAGGAACCCAUGCUGGCAGAGGUCAGGAACAUCAAACAAGCUGCACGUCCCAGUGCAGCCCAAGGCCCAAGUGGAGUGCCCUACAAAGUCUACAAAAAAUUUGCUUCUUGUUGUGUAGUUAGUGCAGCAGCAGUGAUCCAUGAAUCUGGAUAUGAAGGCAAAGGAGUUAAUAUUACUUGCCACUAUAAUUCCCAAUAUGAGAGCCAUGAGAAGUAUCUAUGUAGAGGUGACUGUAACCAGGAUGCAGAUAUUCUGGUCAAGAGCACUGAAACACGGAAAGGUAGAUACUCCAUCAGUGAUAAUAAACAGAAGCAUUUUUUCGUGGCGACCAUUUCUUAUCUAAGUGCUAAGGAUGCCGGUAAAUACUUGUGUGGCGUGACCAAGGUUGGAUAUGACCACUUCCCUUCAGAGGUAUCAUUGAAAGUAAAACAAGAGUGGUGCUGUGUGAAGACCAACAAUAUGAGUGGGAUUAUAGGAAGUCCCAUUACGUUCUCUUGUCCUUAUCCAACACAACACAAGAAUAAUAGGAAGUUCAUCUGUAAGGGAGAUCACCGUGACAGCUGCGCUGAUGUAAUGAUAAUUGGAAACAGGUUCACUCUGCAAGAUAACGUCUCUUCGAGCUCUUUCACAGUGAUGGUCACCAGGCUGGAAGAAGGGGAUGGAGGAAUGUACUGGUGUGGUUCAGACGCAAAGUGGACUGCAGGAAAUUAUACUAAUAUUCAACUGACAGUCGAGUGGUGCUGUGGGAAGACAAUCAACAUAAAGGGCAAUCUGGGAUAUCCCCUUAGUUUUUCCUGCCCUCAUUCACUACGACAUCAAGAAAAUCUGAAGUUAUUCUGCAAGGGGGAUCAACGCAGCAAUUGCACUGAAAUGUUAAGGAGUCAAAGCAGAUUCGUUCUGCAAGAGGAUACGUCCUCUAGCUCUUUUUUGGUGAUGGUCACAAAGCUGGAAGACAGUGAUGCCGGGACAUACUGGUGUGGCUCACAGUCAAAGUGGAGUUUUGGAAAUUAUACCAAGAUUGUGCUGUCCGUAGAGUGGUGCUGUGUAGAGACAAAAAAGAUGGGUGGCAUUGUGGGAUAUGCCUUUGAUAUGUCUUGCCCAUAUCCAGCACAACAUUGGAAUAAUGAGAAAUUUCUCUGCAAAGGAGAACACCGCAACAGCUGCACUGAUGUGCUGCUGAAUCAGAGCAGAUUCACUCUCCAAGCUAAUGAGUCCGCCAGUUCUUUCUUUGUGAAGAUCACAAAGCUGGAAGAAAGUGAUGCUGGGACAUACUGGUGUGGUUCAGAUCCAAACUGGAGAGCUGGAAACUACACCAAGAUUGAGCUGUCAGUAGGUCCUUCCACUCUUAAAAUUGUGGUUUACAUCAUUCCUGCUCUCCUCCUUGUGCUUUUAUUUAUUGCAGUGAUUGCAGUAUAUAAAAGCACACAAAAAGGAGCCACAAAAGACAAGAAAAGGAGAAAGCUCGAAGCUCUACAAACGAUUUCUGAAAGGCCAGAAGAUUACGUUUACAAGAGCUCCAGUCACAAUUAUAAAGCUGUGGAUUUCCAAGAACAAGUUUAUGAAAACCUCAAAACAGAAAACGAUAUUUCCUCUGUUUAUAUGUAAUGCAGGGCACCUCAUAAAGAGUGAUUUGUCAUUUAACCCUGAGCAUUUGGAAUUUCUGGCUAAAGCUUCCUUUCUAUGAUAUAGAGAACAUAUUAUUUAAAACAACUCAAGCAAGCAAAUGUUGUAUAAAAAGUUUGCAAUCAUACAACUGUAGCCCAACUGGUAGUUUUUUUUUUUAUAAACAACACAAAUACAGUAUGUGUUCAUAAAUAAGAGAUUAGUAGAAACAACAACCCAAUUUGAAAGCUCAAAUGCAACCUUCAAAUAUAACCUUUUUUUUAGCAAAGCUGUUUGGUAUAUCCAAUAAUUUAACAUGAUUGUAGUUAUAAGAUGAAGUCUCAUCAGUUUACUUCGGGACCAAAGCGGCUUGGAGCUUUAUUUACUCUGCUGUGCCAUUAAAUGGACUGUAAAUGUAAAAGCAGGCAGAGAACUUGCAAUUAUACCAUUGAUCGGGAGUGUGAAGCUUUUGAAAUAAUUGCCAACGAAUAAGAAGACAGUGGAA